CAAACUCAGUUCUUUAUUAAACUCCAACUGGUUAACAUCUGCAAAUAAAUGAGCGCAUUUCGUGAUGCUGCCAAUAACCCGUGCUACAGUGGAUAACUUCUGCAGAGCGUGCUUGCAAGAUUUAGGAAAUUUAGAAAACACAAGGGAACUUCGACAUGACUUAAAAGACGAUCCGCAACUCUUACGCAUUGUUGAAUUAAUGGCAGAUGGAUUACAGCCCAUGAGAACGGGAAUGCAGUUGGCAAUGCCAACCCGUUUGUGUCAUUCCUGUUACACACAAGUUGGCAGUUUUCGUAAAUUUGCAGAGAUGUCCAUUUGUACGGGUGUCGCUCUUAAUGAAUUAACAGCUGAAAAGCUUGAGUUAACGGACGAUGCUAAAGUUAAAAUGAUAUGUGCUACAUGCUUUAAAAUUAAAUCGGACCAUAAUGCUAAUUCGAUCGAAAACUCACCCAAGCUGCAGAACUUGAUGCGCCUUAUAUUCACAGGAGCUGAUAAAAUACAACUAAUUGAUAAUAAGCCGGCAGGGAUCAUAUACGAUAUACCAGAACUGGAUUCCUCAAUUAAAACAGAUUAUCCUAAUAUUGUGGAUGAAAAUCGAAAUGAAAAAAGUGAAAUCAAUUUAACCAGCACAAAAGAACAGGAUCUUGCCCAGGAAAGUGAUUCUGAAAUGAAUAACACAGUCGUAACUCUAUCCAACGCAGAAAACAUUUGUCCGUAUUGUCAGCGCGAGUUCAAGAGGAAAACGCACUUGAAAGAUCAUAUAAGAUUGGUCCAUGAAGGCCUGCGUCCAUACAAAUGCGACUUUUGUCAGCGCUCAUUUGGAUUGGCUAGAACCUUACGUAUUCAUAUAAUGGGUCACACAAAAGAGCGGCCUUUUGUAUGCAAAAUUUGUGAAAAAUCAUUUCGGCAAAAGACAGAGCUGAAUCUUCAUAUGAAUAACCAUUUAGCGAGCACUCAAUUUCGAUGUCCGAUCUGCUCGCAUGACAGAGCCAGCCAAGAAGAUCUGGACGCUCAUAUGGCUCGACACAAUAACAGGGAGGGCUACCAGUGCAGCACAUGUGGACGAAAAUUUAAAAAGCUUUGCCAUCUCAAAGAGCAUGACGAUGCAGUUCAUCUUAAAUUGCGUCCCUUUGUAUGCACUCACAACAAUUGCGGAAAGGCAUUUGGAGCACGCAAAACACUUUACACACAUCUGCGAACGCAUACGGGCGAGCGUCCUUAUAGUUGCAAUAUUUGUUAUAAACCAUUUUCGAGUAAGGCGAAUCUUUCCCGACAUUCUCGCACCCACGAUGAGACGGUUGUCAAGGUAGAAGUUAUUGAUUAAGAUCGUUGGGAUACCAAUCCAAAAAAUUCGUUAUCAUAAUUGUCAAUCAAAAUAACACGUACCAAAUAUUUUCGUUUUCGGCUAUAUUUUAAUAUUGGUUACAAUAAAAAAAAAGCUAAUUCAAA